AUGGCAGCUCCGACAUCAUCCCUGUCCUCGCACGAGAGGACACGAGUCGAGGAUUACCUGAAUGAUAAGAUUCAGGUUUCUGCCGACUUUGAAAGUCUAGACUCUUUGCUUUCUAGUCUCCGUGCCCAACACGACCUUCAACGAAAGCAGUUAGCAGAAGCCCAGGAAGCAUUAUCGAAUGCCACCAGAACGUCCAAUAACCAUGCCGAAGCCACUCGAAAGCGAGCCGAAGCGUUCAAGGAACAGGAGGCGGACAUUGACAGACGCUUGAAGACCAUCACCAAUUCGGACGCCAGCGAUGUAGCGGCACAGCGAUUCGAAACCAGUAUGGAAAGACUUCGAAGGCUUGAAAUUUCGCGGGGUUAUGUCGCACUGCUGAAGGAGGCAGAUGCUUUGAGCAAAGAAGCGUUGCAAAAUAUAUCCACUACGCCUCGUCUUUCUCUGAAGCCAUAUGCCCGGUUGCAAAACAUUGUUCAAUCGUUGAGAGAUGCCCAGCCCGCCGCAGAGGGAGCGGCUCCCCAUCUUGUCGACUACGUUGAGAAACUGGCUUCCGCGCUGAGAGAACAAAUGAAAGGCGAUUUUACCAACCGACUGCAAAAGAGACUAGAGCAGAUGAAAUGGCCAUCGAGGGACCUGCAUCUCCCGGAUGACCUCAUGGCGCAGUGGAGAGGCGAUGUCGAGUUGCUUCUUGACCUCCAAACACCAGAACUUCAAUCCCGCGAUGUGGCCUCUAAACAGCAGAGUGUUGAGCCCCCAAUUCUAUUCCCGUUGGAAGUAAUGGUGCAUCCGCUAGAGCUCCGAUUCAAGUACCACUUUAGCGGCGACAAGCCAACAAAUAGACUUGACAAGCCGGAAUAUUUCUUGUCGCACGCCAUGGACUUGAUGAAUACCUACGGUGACUUCUUCAUUUCGUACCUUCAGCCUAUCUUUAAUGAAAAGGCACAAACCGCCGGGUCCGGCCUCGAAUGCAACUUCCUCAAUGCGCCUCACGCAUAUAUUACUGCUCUUUUACCGAUGCUGCGACAUAAGAUCAACACUUUCCUUCCCCAAAUCUCAAACCACCCCCAAUUACUAAGCCAUUUCGUGCAUGAACUGAUGAAAUUCGACACAGAGGUCCGCGAGGCCUGGAAUUAUCUGCCCGAUCCUUACACUAAUGACAACUGGAAAGGACUCACGUGGGAAGUUUUGACCAAGAAAGGCUGGUUCGACCGUUGGCUUCAGGUCGAGAAAGACUUUGCGUUGGCACGUUACAAAGAAAUUAUAGAUACCCUGGACAGUGGGCGUAUUGACUACGAAGGUGUUGAGAUUUCUGCCACCAAGCCAACCAAGGCUGCGAUUCGUGUGAACGACCUUCUGGAAACAAUUACAGAACGCUAUCAGCCUCUAACAUCAUUUAGCCAGAAGCUGCGGUUUCUCAUCGACAUCCAGAUCACUAUUUUUGACCAGCUCCACGAACGCUUGUAUUCGGCACUGGAAGCCUACCUUACAAUGACAUCUGCAAUUGGUCGCACGGUACAGGGGACCGAUGGGCAGGCCAGUGUGGAAGGUGUUGCCGGGCUGGAGCGCCUAUGUAGGGUCUUCGGAAGCGCAGAAUACCUAGAGAAGAAGAUGCAAGAUUGGAGUAAUGAUGUGUUCUUUGUUGAGCUCUGGUCUGAGCUUCAAGAACGGGUUCGGCAGAAUAAAAAUGAUGGCAAAAAUGUGGCUGGUACCAUGUCCGUUGCAGAUGUCGCAUCGCGUACCUCCCCGGCUGUUGCGAAUGAUCACAGUACCAGUGGCUCAGACGCAACCUUGGAUGGCGCUCUUUUCGAUGAAACCGCUUCCGCCUACCAUCGUCUAAGACUCCGAUCCGAGUCCAUCAUCACUUCUACAGUGACUUCAAACACAACAUCCGCCCUCAAAUCGUACUCACGUACGUCCACAUGGGCUACCCUUUCCGCUCCCUCGAAUUCGGGGGCUUCUCUGUCUCCAUCACCGGAUCUCGCACCGGCAAUGCGUACCCUUUCUACCAAUAUAUCCUUCCUCUCCCGCGCAUUAGGAGUUGCACCUCUACGACGCAUCAUCAGACAAGUACUUCUCUCCAUCCAGAGUUAUCUGUGGGGUAACGUGCUCACGAAACACACAUUUUCUGCUGCCGGAGCGUCCCAACUCAUCAGUGACGUUGAACACCUUUGCAGCGUUAUCGAUAACUCUCUCGGAGCAGCGGGUCACGCAGGGGGCUCAAUCAGUGUGCUCAAGAAGCUUAGUGAUGGCCUCAUACUUGUCGGGUUGGAUAUUAACAAACCAAAGCCAGACGAUGGAGGUGAUUCAGGAACGUCCGAGGUGGAACAAGGUGCCCGGUUAGGGCUAUGGGAAGUUGAAAAGAGACUCUUCAAGGACAAUGAGAGCGCAAGAGAUGUCCUCUCUGAGUUGACCAUUGAUACUCUGACCGAGGCUGAGGCAAGGUCAGUAUUGGAGAGACGUGUUGAGAUUGGCAGCUAA